CGUCGCUUCCCACAGUAAAGAUGGCGGCCGCGGCCUGCCAAGCGCUGCUCCGGCCUCCCCUCUGGCGGCUCUUCCUGGGCAGGUGGAAGGGCCCGGGGGUCGCGGGAGUCGGGGCGCGGGGCCUAGGCAGGUGGCCGGGGCGGAGGGCAACGGCUUCAGCAUCUGAGGCGGCCGCGGUUUCCCGGCCACGAGCCUUGACGGUGGGACCUGGGGAGCGGCAGCCACAGGAGGGCCGGCUCGCAAAGGCGGAGGCGGCGGCGCACUACCGGCUGCUGUUCACGUGUAAGGUAUGCAAGACACGGUCUGCGAAAACUAUUUCCAAGGUGGCUUAUCAUCAUGGAGAGGUGAUAGUGAAAUGCUCAGGGUGCAACAACCACCAUGUGAUUGCCGAUAACUUGGGCUGGUUCUCCGACUUAGAUGGAAAGAGGAACAUUGAGGAAAUCCUUGCAGCCAAAGGAGAGAAAGUGAGGCGAGUGGCAGGCGAAGACGCUCUCGAGCUCUUAGUUGAAGACCCCCAAUUGCUGGAACGGCUGAGCAAAGGAGGAGGAGAAGAAGAUCCAGAGUGAUCAGAACAGGCAUCUUCAAUCAACCCAGGGGGGAAAAAAACUUCCCUAAACUAGCCCUUUAUUUGAAGGGACACUUUGGAGUGAUCCUUCAGUUGAGUUUUUUCCAAUCUUGUGGAUUGCAGGAUUGUCGUUUCUUGGGAAAUGUUUUUUUUUUUCAGUGGCACAGGAGGAAGUCUAGCCAUUGAAUGUGAUUGUAUAUUCUUCUUCUGGCAGAGAAGAUGUGAGUGAGGCCUUGUAUGUGCACAGAGCUGCACUACACACAUGUUUACACAUGCUUUCAAGCGAGGAAGGAGUUGCCUGUUCCACUAUGGAGCAAGAGUCCUAUGUGAGGCCAUCCAGGCUGGAGAUCCCAUUCUCAGCUGGGUUGAUUGUGGAGCUCAGUCUCACUAGGCCUGCAUACUAGGGAGAAACAAACACAACUAAACCAAACCCAUCAAUCCAUGCAGUUAACAUGGUUCUACUGCGCCCUCAUUGUGGCUUGGCUUAGUGUUUGAUUUCUUGUCUUUUUGUUCCAGAAGGUGGGAAAAGAAACAAUGAUUUGAAUUACUUGGAUUUUGACAGACUUUGGAUUAUCAUUCUUAUGGCAAAUAGCAACUCACUAGCGGCAUCGGCUGUCCUGGGAAGUGGGAGAGGCCUCGUGGGGGUCUGGACGUCCAUCUAUCAGUGAUUCGGGAAUGAUGGAUUGUCACCCAGGCAGCGGUUAGAUGAGAUCAUCUCUAAGACCCCUUCUGAUCUAGGAUUCCACAGCCUUAAGGACUGAGAAUGUCUUCAGAUAACUCACAACUAGGAAGAUCUCCUAAAGCAGGGGUCUCCUUGGCAACUUUAAGCCUGGAGGCAACUUUAAGCCAGAAUUCUGGGAGUUGAAGUCCAUUAGGCAGAAAGUCGCCAAGGUUGGAGACCCCUGCCCUAAAGUGUUGACUAUUCCUGACAACUUGGUGUCAUCUCCAAAUCUGAUGAGUUCCCCUUCUCAUCUUUAAUUGCUUAUGAAGAUGCUGAAGAAUAGUGGGCCUGAGACAGAAUCUUGGGGUACCCCACUGCAUGCUUUGCUGAUUCUGAAGCUUACUGGGAACAUUCCUCAGGAAGUGACAACAUAGAUACCAAAGAUGCCUGAACUUGUGUGUUACCUGGAGGGAUAAGUGGAGAAUUUUUCAGGGGACUUCCAAGUUUUGAUGCAGCCGAGCUCCAACUUCUUUUGAUUUGUGAGCAACACAGGCAGGUAAAGGUUCUCCUGCACAUGCAUGCUAGUCAUUCCCGACUCUAGGGGGCGGUGCUCAUCUCCAUUUCAAAGCUGAAGAGCCAGCUCUGUCCGAAGACGUCUCAGUGGUCAUGUGGCCGGCAUGACUCAACGCCAAAGGCCAAAGGCACACGGAACGCUGUGACCUUCCCACCAAAGGUGGUCCCUAUUUUUUCUACUUGCAUUGUUUACAGGCUUUCGAACUGCUAGGUUGGCAGAAGCUGGGACAAGUCACGGAAGCUCACCCCGUUAUGCAGCACUAGGGAUUCGAACCGCUGAACUGCCAACCUUUCGAUCGACAAGCUCAGUGUCUUAGCCACUGAGCCACCGCAUCCAUUGAAAUGGGCAGAGGGAGGAUUAAAUAACUGGGUUAUUUUGCUGAGGAGACCUAGAUUUAUAUCCUUUAUGGUUUUUCUCCUGUUUGGAUUCUUUGAUGUCUACGGAGGUUUCCCGCCCACAGUAAAACUUUCCACACUCCUGGCAUUUAUAUGGUUUUUUUUUCUCCUGUGUGAAUUA